CGCCGUCCUCGCUCCAUCUCUCGCCUCGCUGUCAUCCCAGGACAGGGAAGAAACCGAGAAAGAAAGAGGCGAGGAGGAGGAGGAGGAGGAGGAGGAGAAGAGGGGAUUCCCCCUCCUCGUUGUUCCUUCCUCUCUCUCUCUCUAGCUCUAUCUCUCUUUUCGACGCGCUUCCGGAGGCAUUGCGUCCUCACGUUCUCCUCGUCCUGCCCAAGAGAGACUGCAACAGGAAUGGCUCAACUCAAGACUCCCUUGGGGGGGAUCAUCAACGAUGUCAAAGGAAGAGCCUCAUGCUACAAGCAAGACUGGAUCUGCGGAUGUCACUCGGGCAUGAGCAUAUUGGCUCCAACAAUGUACAUCUUCUUUGCCUCCGCACUUCCUGUCAUCGCCUUCGGAGAACAACUCAGUAAAGACACCGAUGGAGCUCUGAGCACCGUCGAAACUUUGGCUUCUACCGCCAUCUGUGGCGUCAUACACUCCGUCAUCGGCGGGCAGCCAAUGUUGAUCGUGGGAGUCGCAGAGCCUACCGUGAUUAUGUACACGUACCUGUACAGCUUCGCUAAAGGACGUGAAGAUCUGGGAGGGCGUCUAUACUUGGCCUGGGCAGGAUGGGUCUGCGUGUGGACUGCUGUAAUGCUAUUUCUUCUCUCAAUUUUUAAUGCUUCUGCUAUCAUUAGUAGAUUCACAAGAAUUGCGGAUGAACUCUUCGGAAUGCUGAUCACAGUUCUGUUCUUCCAAGAAGCUAUUAAGGGGGUCGUAAGUGAAUUCAGAGUACCCAAAGGUGAAGACCGAACUCUACCAAUCUUCCAGUUUGAGUGGCUGUACACAAAUGGGCUCCUGGGGAUCAUAUUUGCUGCUGGUCUUCUUCUUACCGCAAUGAAGAGCAGGAGGGCGAGAUCAUGGAAGUACGGCACAGGGUGGCUCAGAGGUCUUACCGCGGACUAUGGUGUGCCUUUGAUGGUCUUGUUGUGGACGGCCAUGUCAUACGCUGUCCCCAACAAGGUUCCUUCUGGAGUUCCAAGGAGGCUCUUCAGUCCUCUUCCAUGGGAAGCCAAAUCUUUGUACCAUUGGACUGUUGCAAAGGAUAUGCUGUCUGUUCCUCCAGUAUACAUCUUCGCUGCCAUCAUACCUGCAUUGAUGGUCGCAGGACUCUACUUCUUCGACCACAGCGUCGCCUCCCAGAUGGCACAGCAGAAGGAGUUCAAUCUGAAGAAACCCUCCGCCUACCACUACGACAUUUUGGUCCUCGGCUUCAUGGUUCUGGUUUGUGGGUUGCUCGGAAUCCCCCCUUCCAAUGGCGUCCUCCCUCAGUCCCCCAUGCACACCAAGAGCCUUGCUGUCCUCAAGAGGCGGAUAAUCCGCAAGAAGAUGGUGGAGACUGCCAAGGAGAGCAUAAGGCAGCAAGCGACCAACUCGGAGAUGUAUGGGAAGAUGCAAGAGGUGUUCGUCAAAAUGGACGAGGGGUCUACGGUAAUACAACAGCUCUUGCAAGAUUCGAUAGGAUUCAGUGCGAUUUACCGGAGAUUUCGUCCCGUGCAGAGCAUCUCGAUCGAUAAAGAACUGAAGAACUUGAAGGACGCAGUCAUGGGCAACGGCGCCGGCGGAGACGAUUCCAAGGGAGCGUUCGAUCCGGAGAAGCACAUCGACGCCCACUUGCCUGUUCGGGUCAACGAGCAAAGAGUGACCAACCUCCUGCAGUCGCUGCUCGUGGGUGCUUGCCUUGCAGCCAUGCCCGUCAUCAAGAUGAUACCCACAUCCGUCCUCUGGGGUUACUUCGCUUACAUGGCCAUCGACAGUCUGCCCGGAAACCAGUUCUGGGAGCGGACACUGCUUCUGCUCAUCACUCCCAGCCGGCGUUACAAGGUCUUGGAAGGGAUGCAUGCUUCGUUCGUGGAAUCGGUUCCCUUCAGGCAGAUCGCUGCCUUCACGAUCUUCCAGUUCCUUUACCUGCUGCUGUGCUUUGGGGUGACAUGGAUACCCAUAGCAGGAAUCCUCUUCCCAUUGCCAUUCUUCGUCCUGCUCAGCAUCAGACAGCACGUCCUCCCCAAGUUCUUCCAUCCGCACCAUCUCUGGGAGCUGGACGCGGCUGAGUACGAUGAGAUCGCCGGCACCCCUCGCCGCGCUCGCAGCUUUUCGUUUAAGGAAGGAGAAGCGUCGACGUCGGACAGCGAUGACGGCCGUGUGGAAGUGUGCGACGCUGAGAUACUGGACGACCUCACCACCCACAGAGGCGAACUCAAGCAUCGAAACAAGAGCUUCAACGAUGACAGGUUCCACCAGGUUCAUCCCGAUAAGAACACGCAGAUCGGAUGAAGAAACAGGGCUACAGGGCUGCUGGAUUUUUUUGUCGAGAAGAUGUGAUAGACGCGGAGAGAGAGAGGAACGAACACAACACGCUGAUUCAUCCGCCAUUAUAGAUCGAUCAAAAACAACAAAACACAGCGAAGAUUAGUAUACUUACUACGUGCAAGUAAUUAGCACACCUCUCCUCGUAGCUCCCGUGUCAUUCUGCUUCUUGUGAAACGGAUGAAUUGGCUCUCUCUUUGAUAUCAUAUCGGAUUAUAGUAUUGCUUCA